AGAGGGUUAAAGAAGCAUUGAUUUUCAAUAUGGCUUUACUACGAUUUCUUGUGAAAUUUUUGUUCUUAAUUUAUCUAAUCAUUAAUGUUGGAGGUUCGAUCCAUGAGUACAGAAACGAAGCUUUCGUUCCUCGAUCGAAUUCGUUCUUCUUCCAUGGUGGUAGCGAGGGACUUUACGCAACCAAGGUUCCUGUCGAAGCUGUUUCUGAAGAAACAACUAACAAUGGCAAGUCUUUCCUUCAGUUUGAAUCUGUCAUAUUCCGGAGGACAAAAGAGUCCACAACUAAGCAGAAUGACAUGCAAAAAAGUACUGGUUUGGUGGAAGCCAUAAUUGUUGAGGUCAAAGACAGGGAGAGGAUUGGGGGUUUCUAUAGAAACUCAGAUGAAAUAUGCUGCACUCCAGAGCUUGCUAAGGAUGAAUCUUGCACAGCAGGAGAAGUAAUUAUCCGCGAAAACCCAAAUAAUCCUGGCUGGCCAAAACGCAUUCAGACUUUCUUUAAUGGAAGACAUGAAGAAGCUAAAAUGGAUCUUGAAACUAUUGAAAUAAACAGUACUGGGAUGUACUACCUCUAUUUUAUGUUUUGUGACCCAGUACUCAAGGGUACUGUAAUCAGAGGAAGAACUGUCUGGAGAAACCCAGGAGGUUAUUUGCCUGGAAAGAUGGCACCUAUGAUGACAUUCUAUGGCAUCAUGUCUUUAGCUUACCUAGUACUUGGUCUUCUCUGGUUUCUGCAGUUUUUGCGUUUCUGGAGAGAUAUAAUACAGUUGCACUACCACAUUACAGCAGUAAUUGCUCUUGGCAUGUGUGAAAUGGCACUCUGGUAUUUCGAAUAUGCAAAUUUUAAUGUUACUGGGCACAGACCUAUGGGCAUUACGAUAUGGGCAGUAACAUUUACUGCUGUGAAAAAGACUGUAUCUCGCCUUCUUCUUCUAGUGGUUUCAAUGGGAUAUGGGGUGGUGCGGCCAACCCUUGGUGGUAUAACAUCUAAAGUCCUUCUUCUUGGUUUGAUAUACUUCGUGGCUUCAGAGGGUCUUGAGCUUGUGGAACAUUUGGGAAAUAUCAAUGACUUUUCUGGAAAAGCCAAACUGUUUCUUGUGCUGCCUGUUGCUCUAUUGGAUGCCUGCUUUAUUCUUUGGAUCUUCUCAUCAUUAUCCAAGACUCUAGAGAAGCUUCAGAUGCGGAGAAGCAUGGCCAAACUUGAACUUUACCGUAAAUUCACCAAUUCUCUUGCAAUAUCAGUGUUGCUCUCUGUCGCUUGGAUUGGCUAUGAGCUGUACUUCAAUGCAAGCGAUCCUUUGAGCGAGCUCUGGCGAAAAGCUUGGAUCAUCCCUGCUUUUUGGAUAUUUCUUGCAUACAUUCUCCUGCUGGUGAUCUCUAUACUCUGGGCUCCUUCGCAUAACCCUACUAGAUAUGCAUACUCAGAGGAAACAGGGGAUGGUUUUGAUGAGGAGGGUAUCUCGCUGGUGGUCAGUGGGGUGAAGACAGCCACAGAUGUGGCAACCAAACUUGAGAGGAAGGAUAGGAAGGUGUCAACUUCAGCAGACCAUGUAUUUGGGCUAGGAGAAGACCUUGAGGAGGACAAGAGAGAAUGAGGACGACUUACCAGUGUGCAUGCUUUUCAUUGUCAUACGACUUGUGUAAUAGGUAUGAAGGAGACAUCAUUACAAAAAAAAAAGGAUUAAACAAUGAACCCAACAGAAAAAAGAGAGGGAUAGGCUUAAGCUGAGUAAAAUAGGGUAGAGAUCUCUCUGUGCUAAAUGAUUGUCACCAUCACAGAAGCAAGGGAUAAAAAAAAUCAGUUGUCAUGAUCUUCAUGCUUUUAUCAGUUAGAUAUAGAAGAAAUUUCUGUUUGGAUGCUUUUUGGUAUUUGUAUAGUGGGAUGCUUGUAUGAAAUAACAAACUAGAUUUUCAU